GGGAGGGCGGCGGGCAGCGGGAGCAGGAGGAGGAGGAGGAGGAGGAGGAGGAGAAGGAGGAGGAGGAGGAGGAGGAGGAGGAGGAGGAGGAGGAGGAGGGCCCCGGCUGGAAUGCGGUUAUGGCUGGCGGCGGGGCUGAAGCCAGCGGGGACCCGAGGCGGCUGAGCAGAGCGGCGGUGCCCGUGAUGCCCUGAACGCCGAGCGCGGAGGAAGCAGAGGAGACUGUGUCCCGUUAGCUCCUCUUCCUUCCCUCACCCCCUUUGUUUGGGUUUGUUUCUAUUUAUUUUGCGGCCGGGCUUUGGGGGCAUGGCCUCAGCCGGCCGUGGUGCCGCCGCCAUGCGGCUCCUUUGGCUCAAGCCCCGCUCGCCCCUCCACCUUUGGACCCUGCUGCUUUUGGGGAGCACCUGGCUACCGCUGGCGGAAGGCAGCCCCAAACCUCCCUUUAGGACUUUCCCGGUUUCAGACUGGAGCUUGACGCACCUGGUGGUCCACAACAAGACCGGGGAGGUGUACGUGGGGGCCGUCAAUCGGAUCUACAAGCUCUCCAACAACCUGACGCUCCUGCGGACGCACGUGACGGGGCCGGUGGAGGACAACGAGAAGUGUUACCCCCCGCCCAGCGUCCAGUCGUGCCCGCACGGCCUGGUCAGCACCAACAACGUGAACAAGCUGCUGCUGGUGGACUACUCGGGGAACCGGCUCAUCGCCUGCGGCAGCGCCUCGCAGGGGAUCUGCCAGUUCCUGCGGCUCGACGACCUCUUCAAGCUGGGUGAGCCCCACCACCGCAAGGAGCACUACCUCUCCAGCGUCAACGAGUCCGGGACCAUGUCCGGGGUCAUCAUCGAGGUGCUGAACGGGCAGAACAAGCUCUUCAUCGGGACGCCCAUCGACGGCAAGUCGGAGUACUUCCCCACGCUGUCCAGCCGCAAGCUGAUGGCCAACGAGGAGAACGCGGAGAUGUUCGGCUUCGUCUACCAGGACGAGUUCGUCUCGUCCCAGCUGAAGAUCCCCUCGGACACGCUCUCCAAAUUCCCCACCUUCGACAUCUACUACAUCUACAGCUUCAGCAGCGAGCAGUUCGUGUACUACCUGACCCUGCAGCUGGACACCCAGCUCACCUCGCCCGACUCCACCGGGGAGCAGUUCUUCACCUCCAAAAUCGUCCGCCUCUGCGUGGACGACCCCAAGUUCUACUCCUACGUGGAGUUCCCCAUCGGCUGCGUGCAGGACGGCAUCGAGUACCGCCUGAUCCAGGACGCGUACCUCACCAAGCCUGGCAAGGCUCUGGCCAAGUACCUGGGCAUCUCGGAGCAGGAGGAUAUCCUCUUCACCAUCUUCUCCCAGGGCCAGAAAAACAGGGUGAAGCCUCCCAAGGAGUCUGUGCUCUGCCUCUUCACGUUGAAGAAGAUCAAGGAUAAGAUCAAGGAGCGCAUCCAGUCGUGCUACAGAGGGGAAGGGAAGCUCUCGCUGCCCUGGCUCUUGAACAAGGAGCUGGGCUGCAUCAACUCGCCCCUGCAGAUCGACGACAAUUUCUGCGGGCAGGAUUUUAACCAGCCGCUGGGCGGGACCGUCACCAUCGAGGGGACGCCGCUGUUCGUGGACAAGGAGGACGGGAUGACCUCGGUGGCCGCCUACGACUACAGGGGCCAGACCGUCGUCUUCGCGGGCACGCGGAGUGGGAAGAUCAAAAAGAUCCUGGUGGACUUGCCGGCCGACAGGAAGCACCAGGCGCUGCAGUACGAGAACGUGGUGGCCCACGAGGGCAGCUCCAUCCUGCGAGACCUGGUGCUGAGCCCUGACCGCCAGCACCUCUACGCCAUGACCGAGAAGCAGGUGACGCGGGUGCCGGUGGAGAGCUGCGAGCAGUACGAGAGCUGCGAGCUGUGCCUGGGCUCCCGGGACCCCCACUGCGGCUGGUGCGUCCUCCACAACAUAUGCUCGCGCAAGGACCGGUGCGAGCGGGCGGACGAGCCGCAGCGCUUCGCCUCCGACCUGCGGCAGUGCGUGCAGCUCACCGUCCAGCCCAAAAACAUCUCGGUCACCAUGUCGGAGGUCCCGCUGGUCCUGCAGGCCUGGAACGUCCCAGACCUCUCAGCAGGAGUCAACUGCUCCUUCGAAGACUUCACCGAGUCCGAGAGCCGCAUCGAGGACGGGAGGAUCUACUGCAGCUCUCCCUCUGCCAAGGACGUCAUCCCCAUCACCAGGGGCCGCGGGGACAAGCGAGUGGUGAAGCUCUACCUGAAAUCCAAGGAGACGGGGAAGAAGUUUGCCUCGGUGGAUUUUGUGUUCUACAACUGCAGCGUCCAUCAGUCCUGCCUGUCCUGCGUGAACGGCUCCUUCCCCUGCCACUGGUGCAAAUACCGGCACAUCUGCACCCACAACGCCGCCGACUGCUCCUUCCUGGAGGGGCGCGUCAAGCUCUCCGAGGACUGCCCGCAGAUCCUGCCCUCCACCCAGAUCUACAUCCCCGUGGGCGUGGUGAAGCCCAUCACCCUGACGGCCAAGAACCUGCCACAGCCCCAGUCGGGGCAGCGCAACUACGAGUGCAUCUUCCACAUCCCUGGCAGCACCACCCGCGUCACCGCCCUGCGCUUCAACAGCACCAGCAUCCAGUGCCAGAACACCUCGUAUUUCUACGAAGGGAACGACAUCAGUGACCUGCCGGUCAACUUGUCCGUGGUCUGGAACGGGAACUUUGUCAUCGACAACCCGCAGAACAUCCAAGCCCACCUGUACAAGUGCUCGGCCCUGCGGGAGAGCUGCGGGCUGUGCCUCAAGGCCGACCCACGCUUCGAGUGCGGCUGGUGCGUGUCGGAGAAGCGCUGCUCGCUGCGGCAGCACUGCCUGGCCCCCGAGAGCAGCUGGAUGCACGCCAGCAGCGGCAACAGCCGCUGCACCGACCCCAAGAUCACCAAGCUGUCACCUGAGACGGGCCCCAGGCAAGGAGGGACCCGCCUGACCAUCACCGGAGAGAAUCUGGGCCUCAAGUUUGAAGACGUGCGCUGGGGAGUCCGAGUGGGCAAAGUGAUGUGCAUCCCCAUCGAGAGCGAGUACAUCAGCGCCGAGCAGAUCGUGUGUGAAAUUGGAGAUGCCAGCCCGAGCAAGGUCCACGACGCGCGGGUGGAGGUGUGCAUCCAGGACUGCUCCCCCAGCUACCGCGCCACCUCGCCCAAGAGCUUCACCUUCGUGACGCCCACCUUCUCCCGAGUGAUCCCCGCCCGGGGCCCUCUCUCCGGCGGCACCUGGAUCGCCAUCGAAGGAAACCACCUGAACGCUGGCAGCAACGUCACCGUCACCAUCGGGGGACGGCCCUGUGCCUUUUCAUGGAGAAGCGCCCGCGAGAUCCGCUGCAGGACGCCCCCCGGGCAAAGCCCCGGCGGGUCCCCCAUCCUCAUCAACAUCAACCGGGCAGAGCUGAGCAACCCGGAGGUGAAGUACAACUACACCGAGGACCCCACUAUCCAAAAAAUUGAUCCCGAGUGGAGCAUCAACAGUGGUGGGACGCUGCUGACUGUGACUGGCACCAACCUGGCUACCAUCAAGGAGCCCAAGAUCCGGGCCAAGUACUGCAGCUCUGAAAGGGAGAAUAACUGCACGGUGUACAACGACACCACCAUGGUGUGCUACGCGCCCUCCAUCGACAACCCCGAGCGGAGCCCUCCAGAGGUGGGCGACCGCCCGGAUGAGAUCGGCUUCAUCAUGGAUAACGUCCAGGCCCUGCUGAUCGUCAACACCACCAACUUCGUCUACUACCCAGACCCUGUCUUCGAACCGCUCAGCCCCACGGGGAUGCUGGAGCUGAAGCCCAGCUCUCCCCUCAUCCUCAAGGGCAGGAACCUGCUCCCUCCGGGUGCCGGGAACUCCCGCUUGAACUACACGGUGCUGAUCGGGGACACUCCCUGCACCCUGACCGUGUCCGAGACCCAGCUCCUCUGCGAGUCGCCCAACCUCACAGGCCAGCACAAAGUCACGAUUAAGGCCGGGGGGUUCGAGUUCUCCCCGGGGACGCUGCAGAUCUACUCGGACAGCCUGCUCACCCUGCCCGCCAUCAUCGGCAUCGGCGGCGGGGGUGGCCUGCUGCUCCUCAUCAUCAUCAUCGUCCUCAUCGCCUACAAGCGCAAGUCCCGGGACGCCGACCGCACCCUGAAGCGCCUCCAGCUGCAGAUGGACAACCUGGAGUCCCGGGUGGCCCUCGAGUGCAAAGAGGCUUUUGCCGAGCUGCAGACUGACAUCAACGAGCUGACAAACGACCUGGACGGGGCCGGCAUCCCCUUCCUGGAUUACCGCACGUACGCCAUGCGGGUUCUCUUCCCCGGGAUUGAAGACCACCCCGUGCUGAAGGAGAUGGAGGUCCAGGCGAACGUGGAGAAGUCCUUGACCCUCUUCGGGCAGCUGCUGAACAAGAAGCACUUCUUGCUGACCUUCAUCCGCACCCUGGAGGCCCAGCGGAGCUUCUCCAUGCGGGACCGCGGCAACGUGGCCUCCCUCAUCAUGACGGCGCUGCAGGGGGAGAUGGAGUACGCCACGGGCGUGCUGAAGCAGCUCCUCUCCGACCUCAUCGAGAAGAACCUGGAGAGUAAGAACCACCCCAAGCUGCUCUUGCGGAGAACGGAGUCGGUGGCAGAGAAGAUGCUGACAAAUUGGUUCACGUUUCUGCUGUACAAGUUCCUGAAGGAGUGUGCUGGGGAACCUCUCUUCAUGCUCUACUGUGCCAUCAAGCAGCAGAUGGAGAAGGGACCCAUCGAUGCCAUCACAGGAGAGGCUCGCUACUCCCUCAGUGAAGACAAGCUCAUCCGCCAACAGAUUGACUACAAGAUGCUGACCCUCAACUGUGUGAACCCUGAGAACGAGAAUGCCCCAGAGAUUCCUGUCAAGGUGCUCAACUGUGACACCAUCACGCAGGUGAAGGAGAAGCUGCUGGAUGCUGUCUACAAAGGGGUGCCCUAUUCCCAGCGUCCCAAAGCUGGAGACAUGGACCUGGACCUUGCUCCUCUGCUCUCCUUGGCUUUGUCCUCCAAGCUGCCCGCUAACCAUGAGCCCUUCUCCCUCACUGGGACAGAGUGGCGGCAGGGCAGGAUGGCCCGGAUCAUACUGCAGGACGAGGAUGUCACCACAAAGAUCGACAAUGACUGGAAGAGGCUCAACACCCUGGCUCACUACCAGGUGACGGAUGGCUCCUCGGUAGCCCUGGUGCCCAAGCAGAACUCGGCGUACAACAUCUCCAACUCCUCCACUUUCACCAAGUCCCUCAGCAGAUACGAGAGCAUGCUGCGCACAGCCAGCAGCCCCGACAGCCUGCGCUCACGGACCCCCAUGAUCACCCCCGACCUGGAGAGCGGCACCAAACUCUGGCACCUGGUGAAAAACCACGACCACAUGGACCAGCGGGAGGGCGACCGGGGCAGCAAGAUGGUCUCCGAGAUCUAUCUGACCCGCCUGCUAGCCACCAAGGGCACCCUGCAGAAGUUCGUGGAUGACCUGUUUGAGACCAUCUUCAGCACAGCACAUCGUGGGAGCGCGCUGCCUCUCGCCAUCAAAUACAUGUUUGAUUUCCUGGAUGAACAAGCUGAUAAGCACCAGAUCAAUGACUAUGAUGUCAGGCACACCUGGAAGAGUAACUGUCUACCUCUACGUUUUUGGGUGAAUGUGAUUAAGAACCCCCAGUUUGUGUUCGACAUUCACAAGAACAGUAUUACUGAUGCCUGCCUAUCCGUGGUGGCUCAGACAUUCAUGGACUCCUGCUCAACUUCUGAGCACAAAUUAGGAAAAGACUCUCCCUCCAACAAACUACUGUACGCCAAGGACAUCCCCAACUACAAGAGCUGGGUAGAAAGAUAUUAUGCAGAUAUUGCUAAAAUGCCAGCGAUCAGCGAUCAGGACAUGAGCGCGUACCUGGCGGAGCAGUCACGUUUACACCUCAGCCAGUUCAACAGCAUGAGUGCGCUGCACGAGAUCUACUCCUACAUCACCAAGUACAAGGACGAGAUUUUAGCCGCGUUAGAGAAGGACGAGCAGGCCAGGAGGCAGCGGCUGAGGAGCAAGCUGGAGCAGGCGAUCGACACAAUGGCCUUAAGCAGCUGAAGAGGCGGCGGCACGGUGCCAGCUUCCCGAGCGGCGGCGGCGGCGGCAGGAGUGGGGCCAGCGAGCGGCAGCCGCGGGCAGGACACUUCGGGGCUGGGGACCGGGCGCUUCCCACCGCCCAACAAGGAAACCUCGCCCGCCAGCAGGGGAAAAUCAAAAAAAUAAAUCAAAAAGCAUCCCGACGACAGCAGCCACAAGGAUAAAACACCCCCUCCCUCUACGCACACCCCGAUGCAACCGGGACGCGGCAGAGACCUUGCAAAGGGGGCGGCCGAGGAGGAGGAGGAGGAAGGAGCCGCGUGCCCCAUGGACCCGCUGGGACCCCCGGGGACCCCCUGCCCCGGGCAGAGCCCCCCUGAGCCCGCGGGGAAGGAGGGUCGGGACCGUGGGGCUUUCUAGGACGGCGUUUGGAUGUUGUUGUUACUUCGGUGGAGGGAGGGGGGUGGGCUCCUGUUUGUACUGUACUUGACUUGCUCUCCCCCCCUCGCCCCCCAGCUGUCUGCCCCCUCUCCUCCUCCCCCUGUCUCUUUUUCUGUCUCUCCCCCCCCCCCUUCUCUCUCUCUCUCUUUCUCUCUCUCUCUGGCCUUCUGCCACUAGUGUUAACUGCUAUAUUUGCACAAUUUACACGAGACAAAAUUUUUAAUUUAAAGAAAGGAAAAAAAAAUAUAACAAAAAAUGGGAGGGGAAAAAAAAAAAGAUUCUAAAUUUUGCAACAAACUAACAAAAAAAAAACGGUUUUAAAAAAUAAGCUAAAGGACUGAUGCUGGGGAGAUUUGGGGGUGGGGGCAAUAGGGGUGGGCAGGAAAGGGAGAAAUCCUGAGCUUUGAUAUUUCUUAAAAUACGUCCUGUGCCAUGUUUUAUUUGAAUGUUGUUUAGUGCAAAAAAAAAAAAGAGAAAAAAAAUGAAAAAAAAAUGAAAAAAAAAAAA